AUGUCCAUGUCUCCUGAAAUCAUGAAACGCUACAUUCGUUUGCCUACUGCUCGAGAAAUUUGGAAAGCUUUGUCUAAAGCUUUUUUUGAUGGAACUGACGAGUUACAAGUUUUCUCCUUACACCAAAAGGCUUUCUCUGCCAAACAAAAUGGUAGAGCACUUUCGUUGUAUUAUGGAGACUUAACUGAAAUCUUUGGUGAGUUGGAUCAUCGUGAUAAGGUGAUUAUGGAAAGUGAGAAGGACAUUGAAUCUUAUAGGAAAUCUGUUCAGCGACAAAGGGUACACAUCUUUCUUGCCGGAUUAGAUGGUGAAUAUGACCAAAUCCGUGGUGAAAUUUUGAGGAAGGAUCCUAUUCCAGAAUUAGAAGAAUGUUAUGCUCUGGUUCGUCGUGAAUCACACCGCCGUGCAACUAUGAAUGGAGAACCCGAAAAUUCUGAAGCCUCUGCCAUGGUGGCACGAAAUCGACCUCAUCAAAGUCGACCAGAUCGAUCCCGGUCCAACCAUCCAAAGGGCAUCAAUGGUGCCGACAAGUCUAGCUACAAGUGCACUCAUUGCGGAGCAUCAGGUCACACCAAAAGCCGUUGCUAUGAAAUUGUGGGAUAUCCAGAAUGGUGGGAUCACACACGUGACUCAAGGAAGGUGAAUCCUAAAAGAACUUCAACCGCUGCACUAGUUGAAACACAACCAGAUGAUGACAAGAAUGUUGAUACAAAGGCCUCAGCACUAAUAGCAGCAGCAGGAUAUCCGAACGAAGCAAACGAUUGGUUGUGGUGUUAGGCGAGGGAAGCUAUAUUACUUGGAUUUGGUGUCAACAAGUUCAGAUAAGUUGCGUCACUCUUUGAUAGUGGAUAGCUCUGAGGACCAGAGAAAGAACUCUGACGUAUGGUUAUGGCAUCG